AUGGAUCAACGGCCUAUUCAAGAAUCGAAUACGCCGUCUGGCGAUUCAAUAACUAAUCGUCAACAAGUUACCGGUCAUAUGGGUGUGUUGAUCAACCAAAAUAGUGCAUUACGUCAACAUAAUUCUAAUUUAUUUGAAGAAUUAGAUAGACUUCGACUUGAAAUAGUACAACAACAAACAAAUUAUGAUCAACUUUUACAAAACACUUUAUGUAAUUUGGCAACUACGAAUGAUGAAUUAACUAAUCAACUUAAUGGUUGUCAACAAGAAAUAAGUAGUUUAAAAAAAGAAAAUGAUCAUCUUAAGCAAACAUUAAAUAAUGUUCAAAAAGAAAAUGAUCAUCUUAAACAAGCAUUAAAUAAUUUGCAAAAAGACUAUGAUCAAGUUACACAAACAUUAAAUAAUUUGCAAAAAGAAAAUGAUCAUAUAAAAAAACAAUUAAAUAAUUUACAAAAAGAAAAUGAUCGUGAUAAAGAAGAAAAUAAGCGUUUUAAAAACAUUUAA